AUGCAAUCGAUAACAAGAGGAUUAACACAAACUAGUAAAAGACUUGCUUCAAAGUCAUUACUAGCAACUAGUAGUAUUAACUCUACCUCUUCUUCUUCUUCAUCCUCCUCUUCAUUCUCAUUCAAUACUUCUUCAUCUUUAUCAUCUUUAUCAUCUUUAUCAAAAACAUUUAUAAAUAAUAAUAAUAAUAAUCAAACGAUAUUUAAAUCAUUAUAUUCAAAUAAUAAUGGAGGAAGAGAUGAGAAUAUUGAUUUUCAAAAUACAGUAGAGAUUAGUGGAUUACCAUCGACCAUUACCAAACAUGAUAUUCAAGAUCUAUUCCCAGGACUAUCGAUUUCACACAAUGGUAUAAAGAUGAUUUUUGACGAUGAGACCAACUUGGGUUACGCCUAUGUAACAUUUGACACGCAAUCUGAUCGAUUGGGUGCACUUCAAAUUCGUGAUGCCAACAUUGGUAGUGUCAAGGUUAAUAUCUUGCCAUUGUCAAUCAACAAAAAGGAUUGGAAGGAUAUUGGUUCAUCGUCCUAUCUACACAGAACCGCUGUCACAAACCAUCUUUGGAGAUCACGUACACCUCUUUUCGAACUAAAAAGCAAGACCAUCAACCAUCCACCAUCAAACAAGACCAUCCCAAUCGUUGAAAAGUCUCCACAAGACAGUUUUACAGAGAUCUUUCUUCAUUUUAGUUCAGACAUUAAUCUUCGUGAAAUGUAUCUAAGUCCAUUUGGUCAUUUACGUAUUGGUAGAUUCCUUGAAGAUCUUGAUGCUCUUGCUGGUACUGUUGCAUACAAACAUGCAGAAGGAACAAGUGAAGAAAAGUUAUUUACAAUUGUAACUGCAUGUGUUGAUAGAAUUCAUUUAUUAAGACCAUUAUGUCCAGAUAAAGAUUUCAAGAUGGAAGGUAUAGUAACAUGGGUUGGUAAAUCAUCGAUGGAGAUUAUGAUCAAGGUUAGAUCGAUGGAUCCAGCCACCAAGGUAUGGGAACCAGUUUUGAUUUCCUACUUUACCAUGGUUGCUUUGAACCCUGAAAACAGAAAGGCUGCACCUGUCAAUCAGUUGGUUCUCGAUACUGAGAAGCAAAGAAAACUAUUCGAGGAUGGUGAACUUCAUAAACAACAACGUCUCAGUCAUUCACAACAAUCACUUCAAACCAGUCCUCCAACCGACGCUGAGUUGAAAACCAUUCACGACCUCUUUAUGACUAGUAAUCAACCACAACAAUUUGAAAAGACUCAAUGGAUUCCAAUGAAAAAUACCAAUCAGACCACCGUCAUUCUCUGUCAACCCCAGGAACGUAAUAUGCAUGGCAAUAUUUUUGGUGGCUACCUAAUGAGAAAGGGAUUCGAGUUGGCAUUUACAACUUGUUUUGUAAGAUUCAACAAAUCGAUUCCUCAAUUCUUUGCCAUGGAUGAUAUCACCUUUUUACAAUCGGUCGAUAUUGGCAACAUCUUGUCGAUGGAUGCUACCAUUGUCUAUGUUCACCCCAUUCCAGAUCUAAAGGAAAGUUAUUAUGUCCAAGUAGAGGUUACUGCACAUGUAUCCAAUCCAAUCAAAUCUGGUCCAGAAAAGAAACGAUCAAAUACUUUUAAUUUCACAUUCCUCUGUACUCCACCAGAUUCCUCUACCAAUUAUUCAACCACGGCUCAACAACCAGAAAAGCAAGGAAGCGGUGAUAUCCCAAAACCAAUUAGAAUCUUACCACAAACCUAUACUGAAGCUAUGCGUUAUUUGGCUGGUAAACGUAUUGUUGAUAGACAAAAAUUAUAUAGUCAAUCUGAUUUGGAUGUUUGGAGAGAAUAA